AAAUCAAUGCGUGGGCAGCCGAUCAUUGCUUAUCUGACUGAUGAUCUCUUGAUCAACAUAUUCUCUCGAUUGCCAGUAAAAUCUCUCAUACGAUUCAAGUGCGUGUCCAAAGCAUGGAAGUCUUUGAUUUCUGACCCUUCUCUCCAUGGAAUUUUACCCACAACCAUAUCCGGCCUCUUCUGCAGUUUCUUCAGGAGUGAUCGUUGGAGUAGUGAAUUCAUAUUCACAUUCAUUACCGACAGAAGUUUCCCAAACACAAACAAUGUUUCAUUCAACGACAUGGGUGAUCUUAGUUUCUUUCCACACAAUCGUCUUCAUAAGUUCUGCAUUGUCGAUUGCUGCAAUGGGCUGUUGUUAGGUCAAGCUUUCCAAGGUAUAACUGAGUCUACACUCGCUUACUACGUAAUAAAUCCAGCUACAAAGAAAUGGGCAGCACUGCCUGAAUCUCCCGUGAACAAUACCCACACGAACUGCAUGCUAGCCUUCGAUCCCCUUGUCUCCCCUCACUAUACUCUCAUUCGCCGGGGCUUUUUUCGGGGGGUCGAUAUUUUCUCAUCGAAAAAAGGCAUGUGGGUACAUUAUAAGGUGCCAAAAGAACUAGUCGCUCAUCAUCGAUCACCAGCUCCGCCAGCUGUUUUACUUAAUCGUGCCUUGCAUAUGCUAUCUGAACAUAAUUACAUUGUGGGAUUUGAUCUUGAUGGUGAGUGUUUUCGGUUGAUUCCAUUGCCUAGUCCUCUUCCACGUGAUCCAAAAAAAUGCUUAGGCGUCUCUAGAGGCUAUCUCCAUUUUGCGAACUAUGAUCACUCUCAAUUGCAAAUCUGGAUGCUUGAGGAUUAUGACGAGCACAAGUGGGUGUUGAAGUACCAAACUAACAUCGAUUCCUUAAUAGAGAAACAUCCUCGAGCAAUUCGUCUUUUAUCUUUUAACAACAAAUGCCGUCAAUGGUUUGAUUAUUACCGGUGGAACUUCAGUUUCUUUGCUUUUCAUCCUGAUCUUGAGGUUGUUUUCCUUGGAAUGGCUGGCAUAUUGUUUUCCUAUCAUCUCAGCAGCAUGACGUUGAAGGAGGUACGGGGUUUAAACCCAGCCCAUAUUGGAAUAUACAACUUGCAGAAUGUAUACCCUUUCUCGCCCUGUCUGGAAGAUUUCUAUGACGGCCGUGAAUUACAGUAGGAAUUAUCUGAUCUUAUUUUGUUUUGCUUUUUAGAUUUUUUAUUUUAUUUUUUGUUUGUUUUUUUUUAUUUUCUUAGUUUAUGAUGUGAUUGUUGAAUUGUAACCUUAAUAAAAUAAUGUGAUGUUUUCUUUUUAGACUUGUUUUAUUUUCUUAGUUUAUAAUGUGAUCAUCGAAAUGGGGACAGAUUGAAAAGAAUGGUAUGACCUUAUUAAUUAAGAGGUUCUGUUAACAAAUCACUUAUCCAAUUUGGAUUUUUAAUCAAUUGGGCCACAUUGUAGAGGAUUAGCCUAACAAUUAGAGGUCUAUUUUUAAUCAAGUGGGCCACAGUGUAGAGGAUGAGCCAAUUAGAUCGAUAUGUUUAUUUUUAAUCAAGUGUUCAUGUAGAGGAUGAGCCUAACAAGUAGAGGUUUCCAAUUGAUUUAGGGUUGUCAAAGAAUAGGUGAAAUG